ACUACAACUCUGACUUUCUUUUGUGUAAGCUUGCCGCACAUUGGGAUCCAUCACACGCACGCACACGAGGUAAGGCUUCUGCUGUGUUCUAGCCACCCAUGCCGCUCUGCUAACUACGAAUAGGGAUCAUUUCCAACUGCCAGGAGCACUUAUUCCAAUACAUUGAAAGUGGAUUAAAAGUGCAUUAUUCUGCAUGUGUGGAAGGGACCCUCCUGUGUCCCUCUCUUGCCUUGAAAACCCUAUGGGGUUUGUGUUAAGUCGGCUACCACUGCAGCGCUCUUUCCACCGGGUAGGUCCUUCUGUUGCAGUAAACACAAAUAAGGAAAAGGGAGUCUGAACCAUCUUCGGGACCAACCCUUAAACUGUGGGGCAGGUUUUUCGUGGGCUAGAUCGCAUAUGGGGAAGAUCUCUUCCACAUGGCAUUUGAAAUGCAAACGUUUCAGUCUGCGACCGGAUAUAAGUUGGGCUUUUCAAGUUCCAGGCAGUAAACAAACAAACAAACCAAUGCAAUGCAGUACAAUAAACCUUAAAGGGUUUAUUAGUGCACAAGAAGAGAAUGAUUAGUGCACAAGAAGAGAAAUACAAAAAGGUCAAAAGAGUAAAAACUAUAUAUUACACAAUUAAGAUCGCUUAUUAACAACCAGUUCAAGAAACCUUGCAGCCUGUUCUAGGAUGGCUCCAGGAUUGUUCUUUAAUCAAUAUACAGCCUUUCACUGGUCAGCUCAAAUAGAGCAAUAGUAGUGACAUUUUUGCCUCUGCAUAAAGGGGGCGGUGAUGCAAAAUAUGGUUCAGGGAUGCACCUUGCAAAUGCACAAUCUUGCUUGACGUGUUACUUUUUAAAAACCUUUCCCUGUCUUCAAGAGAAUAUUACAUCUGGCUAAAGAGAGGACCCAGCGGUAAAAAAAACAACCACCCACAACUAUAGGCAAAACGCAGCACGGGGGGCGUGUGAAAUUCUAUUGAUUUCAAUGGAAGCAUUAAGCGGCUGCGGUAAUCUCUCCCCCUUGCAAUAAAGGGGAGGUUGAAGUGAGGAAUCACAGCCAGGACCCCAUUGUUGUUGUUGUUGUUGUUGUUGUUGUGUGUGUUUUUUAAUAGGGAGAGGUUUAAGCGCGGGAUCGAGAGAGGUGGGCUUUAAUACGGGCUCAACCUGCCUGGAUCUGGAGUCCUGACUUUUUGGACAGCAAUAGAUGGCUAAGCGAUGGAGACCAAGCCAAGGGAAGGUUACAAAAUGAACGAUGAUGUUUUAAGCUCCCUGGACAAACUGCUGCUACAGUUUGUUUUUAAGCUUGAGCAAGCAUCUUACUCCAAAAAACAUCUGAGACAACAGAUACAGAUAUAUAAUGCUAACCUUGUCGGGAAAAAAGGCAAAAUAUGUUGGCUGCAGGAAGAGAUUAACAAGAAUGAGGAAGUGAUUGUUAGUCUUCAACACAACAACAGCAGCAAGAACUGUAAUGUUUGGAAACCAACGUACGUGAUUUUGAACAAACAUGAAGAAUAUUUGCGGAAGGAACUCCAGGACUGCAUGAAAACAACAGAAAAAGACAAGAACAUGUACCAGGAUUACAUGAAUCAGUAUGAAGAGGCUUUCAAACAGCACCAGUCAAAAUAUUUAGGAAUGGAAGGUGUCAAGAAGCAACUUGAAUUUGAAGAAAUACGAAAUCGAGUUCUGAGACAGUCCGAACUGAUCAAACAGAAAGAAUCUGAAAUAAUGGAUCUUCAGGAACCUGGUCAAUUUCAAUCGCUUUUGAACUGGGCAUCCCAAAUUGCUUCUUUGAGGCAGAACACAAAGGAAUCUCUUCAGCAUGUAAACAUCCUCAAGGAGCAAUCACUUGAACUAGACAACACAGCAGACGACCUGGAAAAGAAAUUGAAUUCUUUCAGGCAGCAACUUGAAAGGGUUACAGAAGAUCAAAGCCAUUGUGAAGAGGGAGAAGAAAAAAGUGAGAAAAAUUAUGAAAAGAGGAAGGAAUCUGAUAACAGCUUGUUCGAAGCAGGUGGUCAGGUGCCCGUGUUAAAUGAAGAACAUCAGAAAUAUAAACUAUUACAUUUCACUAGCGUCUCUCAGAAAUUUGUUCGAAGCUUACCAACUCUGAAGCCAUUAUUUCAGCAGGCAGAGACAGGUGUGCAGGAGAAAGAAGAUUCUGCAAAACAUCCAGCAGUGACCAGUAUGUAUUUCAGUCCUGUUGAAAAUGAAACACAGAAAUGCAAUGAUGCUGUAGGAACAUACCGUGCAAAACCUGCCCUGGUUACCUCUAUAACAAGCUUGCAAAAAGAAACACCAUUCAGGUUGACGGCUUAUCAGAGGCAAACAAGUAGCAAGCAAUGGUUGGGGACAGAGGCUGCAGAAACAGGCAAACCAGCAGAAAAAGAGAUGGACAUCACAGAAAAAGAAGUGAACAAACUGAAGAACAAUCCAUAUGUGUCACAAGCACUCAAGAUUUGCCUUUUCCUAGGCCGGUUCAGUUUCAGUCCCAGGCCUGCUUGGAUUCAGCAAGGUUAUAAUGGGGCUUUCCCCACUCACCUUCUGCUGGGCGCGCUCUCGGGGUUCCCCACGAGACCAAAAAUGUCAGGGGACGGAGGGACAGAACGUAGUGUUAAAUCGGCUGGACGUAAUUCUGCUUCAGAAGAGUGCACUGAAAACUUCCCAAGAAGCCCUGAGAGUGGUGUGAAGACACCGAGGUCUAGUGGAACUCCAUUUGAAGUACUUCCGGCAGAAAACGACGGAGUGAUUUCAAAGUCUCCCGCUUUUUCCUUUCUGAGUAGCUUUAAUGCCAAGUCACCAGGAUUUAAUUUCUUUGAUUCUUCUGUAUUUGGAACUGAACAGUCACCAGACCAGGCAGGGAAAAACUAUUCUGCUGGACAUCUAAAUCCUGUUUCCCCACACGAACCUAUUGGAGAUUUAUUUGGAAAAAUGGAAAGCGAGGAUUCGUUCGCCUUUUCCUUUCCAUCAUGUUCUUCUGUUCAAGAUGGGAAAGAUGAUUUCAGUUUCCCCUUUGCGUUUGGAUGUCAGCCUGGUUCCCAGAAAGGAUUUCAGUCUUCUUCACAAAGCAGAAAGACGUUUUCACUUUUUUAAUGGUUUGCAAUACCCAUAGCAAACAUUUUAUCUUCCUGCCUAGAAAAAAUAGAGCGGGGAAAAAGGGACCUAAAUAUUUUCAUCCAUGUGAUGAAAUUUUUGAAUCCAAUAUUAUCAAUUCUAAAUUGGUCCAGUUAAAACAGUUCAAAGUGCUUGGUUUAUUAGAAGUUUUCACUAGAUUUUACUUCACGAAACGCAUGUUAAUAUAACCUUCAAAGGCUCCAUUUGAACAUUUUCUUUCCAAAACUUCCAGUGUUAUUGAUUAACAAAACAGUCAGUUCAUAUAGCAAUACCUAAAAUGUGUUUUUUAAACUGUGGGCAGUUUGCCAAAAUAUUAUCUGUUAUAACAAAAGGAUUUUUUGUUAUUGUGGUGUGUUCUUUUCAGAGAUUUAAAAAAAAUUAUUUGUAUCAUAUUUUCACCACCACUAAAUAAAGUUAU